GUGCAGCUGUGCGCUGGCCUUGUGUACAACCGGCUGUUCCCCAGAGGAGGGGGAAGAAUUGUGCUGCUGAGAAAGCCGCUCUCAGCGGGAGGGAGGCGGGCGGGCUAGACUGACACACGAGAGGGCUGGCUUUUUGGACGGCUCUUAGCAACGGCCCUGGUUUGACCCUCCUCAGCCAUGAGAAAAUAGAAUCAGUGUACCAUUCUUCCAGGCGCGAUGCAGCAUCCGCAGCUCUACGUCAAGGGGGCCUUCCUCCCGGCCUGUUAAUUACCUGCUCUUUCCCAUCUCAGGGCUCCUGCCUUUGCAAAGUGUUCCUGGGAGGAGGGAAGAAACGACCACCCCCCCAGCCCCCUUGCUGCCUGGGGGCUUCAGGCUUGAUUGUGAAACCCCAGUGGCUUCAUUGGCUCCUUCAUUUAAACCACGCCCGGCUUUCUGCCGGCUUUGCUGCUGCUGGGCCAGGCGGCCCAGCCACAUCCCAAGCCCGUCUGCCGGGAGCCCGGGCUGCUGCUGCUAUUGUGUGGAUGCCCCGCGUGUCCUCUCUUCUCUUCCAGAGAUGGCUAACAGGGGCCCGAGCUACGGCUUAAGCCGAGAGGUGCAGGAGAAGAUCGAGCAGAAGUACGACGCAGACCUGGAGAACAAGCUGGUAGACUGGAUCAUCCUGCAGUGCGCCGAGGACAUACAGCACCCGCCCCCUGGCAGGGCCCAUUUUCAGAAAUGGCUAAUGGACGGGACGGUCUUAUGCAAGCUGAUAAACAGUUUAUACCCACCCGGACAAGAGCCCAUUCCCAAGAUCUCAGAGUCAAAGAUGGCUUUUAAGCAGAUGGAGCAAAUCUCCCAGUUCCUAAAAGCUGCGGAGAUCUACGGCGUCAGGACCACUGACAUUUUUCAGACCGUGGACCUUUGGGAAGGGAAGGACAUGGCGGCCGUGCAGAGGACCCUGAUGGCUCUAGGCAGCGUUGCAAUCACCAAGGAUGAUGGCUGCUACCGGGGAGAGCCAUCCUGGUUUCACAGGAAAGCCCAGCAGAAUCGGAGAGGAUUUUCAGAGGAGCAGCUUCGCCAGGGACAGAACGUAAUAGGCCUGCAGAUGGGCAGCAACAAGGGGGCCUCCCAGGCAGGCAUGACCGGAUAUGGGAUGCCCAGGCAAAUCAUGUAAGAUGCUGCAUCCCGCGACCCAGUAGAGAGGACGAACGUGCCACACCAUGGUCUCUAUGAUAAAGAAAUAGUUAGUCACCUUCUGACCUCUUCUCAAAGCCUCCUGUCCCUGGUUUUUGCAAGUGCUGCAUUUCUGCCGCGAAUCCACGUUGCCUACGGCUGCCACCUUCUGUUCAUUUAGAACUAUGCAAAGACUACGCUUCGUUCCUCUUCCUGAGCUCCUUCUUUGCCCUAAAAGCCUUCAUUUACCUGAUUAUUUAUUUAUUUAUUUAUUUGCCAAAAAUUUCCCUCCUCAACUUAUAGAACGCACCUAAUAAACAAAUUAGUCUUGUGUCUUCAA